UAAUCACAGAAGCAGUCAACACGUUCAAUCGUCGCAUCGUGAGCUUAGGUCAUAGCGUGCAUGAAGAAGUGCGAAGUGCUGCGUAAUUUCUAUCUGGGGGUAUAAAUGGUAUAAUAUUGAAUAUGGAAUAUUGUGCAUUGUUAACGGAGUGGGGGUUUUCGGACCUAGUUCAUAGUUUCGUUGGAGCUAUUUUCGAACAAGGCACCGAUGACGUCCAAACUGCUUUCAAAUUCGCCAUGUUGCAGCACAACCAGAACGUUUCAAGUAGAAAAUUCGAGUUUCAAGCAUACGUUGACGUUAUAAAUACCGCAGAUGCAUUCAAACUGUCCAGAUUGAUUUGCACUCAAUUUUCGAGAGGAGUUUUUUCAAUGUUGGGGGCAGUUUCUCCAGAUUCUUUCGACACGCUUCAUUCGUACAGUAAUACAUUUCAAAUGCCAUUUGUAACGCCAUGGUUUCCAGAGAAGGUUCUAGCUCCAUCGUCUGGGUUUAUGGACUAUGCGGUGUCCAUGAGACCGGAAUACCAUAAGGCUAUUAUUGAUACUGUAAAAUACUACGGAUGGAGACAGAUAAUCUAUCUGUAUGAUUCAAAUGAUGUCUUAAUCUACAUUAAAUAUUGGUUCCAAGCUCCAUCCGCUUGUUCAGCCCCAAGAAACGACUUAGAACUCCUUAAAGAUUUAAAGAAAAAUGAGGAUGUAACCCCUGUCAUAGCUAGAAAAGCAAUAAAUAAAGUAUGUGGCCAUUUAUGGUAUGUCUCAGAGGAACUUAUCGUCUUAUCAUUUUUUGACGACAAAGUGGGAAAUGAAACUAAGAAGAAAAUGGUGGAAGCUCUAAAGAAAGAAGGAGCUGAUUUUUGCCCGAAAAGAAUUAAUGUAGACAUUGAAAACAUUGUUAAUAAAAAUCUAGACGAUUUUGUCACUAGCCUUCUCAGACUCCAACAGAUUUACCAAGGAUUAACACCGGGCAGUGAAAUUUUUCAAGUCCAAACGGUUAGAAGAAUAAAUAAUGUGAGCGAAGCUCUGGUGUUCCUGCGAGGAAUAGAAGAGCAGUCAAGGUGGACCAAUAAAUACGUGGUUCUAGAUUGUUCGACAGAAACUGCCAAAGAAAUCGUCGUUAGCCAUGUUAGGGAUAUAUCAUUGGGAAGAAGAAAUUACCAUUAUCUGCUUUCGGGAUUGAUAUCUAACAAAGAAACCAUAAUAUGUCCCCUGUUGGUCCUUGCUAUGGGCAUUGAUACUGUUUGUCACAGACAGCUACUGGAAUCCUUGGAAUAG